CCCAUCAGAUGCUAAUCAGACGGAUCCACCUCCUCCAGGUUUCAGUAUGUUUCUUCUUAAGCGCCAGACAUAUUUGACUCACUUUAGACGGGGACAGCAGCUCGACCUUCAACCAUGCGCACUCCAGGGAUCUUGAUAUUCGGCAUGGUCCUGGCACCAUGUGGAUGGAUCCUAGACCUGACCAGCACGGUUGCGCCCAACUGGCGCACAGUCAACAACCUGGCAGGCGAAGCUGUGGAUCUGGUGGUGGAACAAGGAAUCUGGGACAUCUGCAGGACCUCCACAACAUCUAGAUCGCAACUGUGCAACCAACGUACCAAUGACCAAACGUACUUUAACAACCAGAUUAUUCCGAUCGCUCAAGGAAUGAUGAUUGCGUCUUUGAUCGUGACCAUACUUGGCCUGGUGGUGGCAACACCUGGAGUCAGAUGCUGGAAGGAAAGACCAAGGUGGAUCCUGGCUUCUCUGGGUGGCCUCCUCAUCUUCUGCUCCGGAGUCCUGACCAUUAUUCCCAUUGCAUGGUACACUCAUCUGCUCAACAGCCUCAACUCCACCUCGGUCAAAAGAGACCCAGCGAGAGCGGAUGACAUUCGUGUUGGAUACUGCAUCGUUUUGGGCUACAUCGGAGGCAUCAUGGAGGUCCUCGGUGGUUGUGUGAUGUUCAUCGGGAUCUGCUCCUGCUGCGGUGGACGGAACCGUGGAGAAAAGCCUCAAGCCAAAACAGAAAGGCAGACGGCCAGGCCGACGGAGAGACCGACGCCUCUGCCGAGGGUCAACAUACCGAGAAGCAUCAGCAGCAGAAGCAGCGUACCUUACUCACAAAAGUCACUGGAUGACGACCUGGACUUCCCAAGAGCCAAAACCCGGGACAUGGGAUCCGUCAACACUUCCUACACUGGAAGACCUUACGAUGCUGAUCUGUAAAAUGAUUAGCUUAGUUACUACAUACUGUGAAGUGUGAAUAUUCUUUUACUACUUUGUGAACAUUGACAACUGUUAAAGUCGUGCAAGCUGUCUUCAACUGGAGCGUACACGUGUUACACCAGUCUUUUUCUUACUUUUUCAAGCGUUGUUUACAACAAUCACUGAUUGUGCUUGCCAUUUGCACUCUGAGGUUAAGUAAAAUGAGGGCUUUAAUUUAGUUGUAAAUAGCCAAAAUGUAACUUCCUGUUGAAGGUUUGUAAUGCGGGUUAAAAUCGCAUAUGAAUGGAAAAUAUAUUAAUAAUGAAGGAUUUGAGAAAAAUUAAUUGUGCAAUAUUUUCUUUUGCUGUGUGAAUACAACCUAAGCUUAGUCAAAAGGGUUAUCGGGGCUUUCUGUGAUGCAGUAUAACUAGUAAUACUGGUUGUUUCAGUUUUAACUCCUCUGCAUGCUUUGCAGCAUGUGGGUCGUGUCUGAACUGUCACGAGAUCCACGAGUCUUGUGAACAAUGCAGCGAUAGUCAAGAAGUAUAAGUAUACUGUAUAUCCAUAAAAUCUUUUUUUUUUUUUUUUUUUUUUUUUUAAACUAUAUCUAUACAUAUAGUUAAUUUCCAGUAUAAAUACUUUCUGCCAGUUCUUAAUAAGUGAUCAGUUGUUUAAUGAAGGUCAGUGAGCAGAUAACUUACCUUCAGUCUGGAAGCAUAAAAGAAAACUUACCUGUUACACAAAUGACUGUAGAACAAAACAUGAAAUAUAUUAAAACAAUAAAUUAAUGAAGUUUAUUAAUUAUAAACUGUAAAAACAGAUGCAUUUAAGAGCGGCAAGGUGUAAAUGAGGUUAAAUAGUAAUAAAACCAUCCAGAAUAAGGAAGUAAAGUGUAAAUAAGAUCUUUCUGACUUUAUUUUGCUGUAACUCAUCAGAUCAUGUUAUAUUUCCCUUUGCUCAGGGUUCAAGGUAUGUGUGGUUUCUAAAUAGCAAUACAUCAUCUUUUAAAUCUCUUUGUAACAGUUUUUGGUUAUUUUUUGUAUUAAAGUAAUAUUUAUUAAAAACAAA